UAGGCAGGUGCUGCCCCUCCCCCAGGUGGAGGAAGCAGGAAAAGGUGGCAGCCAGAGGCAGCGGGCGAGGCUGCUGGGCAGUGGUGACCAGGGCCUCGGCGAGGAUGGGCUUGAUCUGCACCCUGGCUCUGCCUCUUCUUCUCCUCUGCUGGGAGGCUGGAGACUCCCGGGGAUUUACAGGUUCCAGCCGCAGCGGACCAUGCCCGAUCACAACGACAAACACCGUCAACGUGCUAACCGCCGUGCCAGGGAUCAGCACGAGCUCGCAGGGAGCCUUCCCCACCCCUGGUCUUGCUAAGACCACAGAGCCAGGCCACUUUUCUGUGGCAGCCGCCACCCUGGGCACUGAGACCUUUUCCAAGACCUUAACACCAGCUGCCACUGCUUCUGAAACAGGGACCAAGGAGACUCUGACCAUUUCUCCGGCUUCAGAGACCCAGGGCGCCCAGAUCGCUUUCCCUGUCACAGGGACCAUGAACACCAAGACCGCCUUCUCUACCACAGAGUCCAGGGACACCCAGACCAUGUCUCCAGCGUCAGAGAAGACCAUUCCCCUUGCCACAGGGUUCAGGGACGCUCAGACUACUGUCCAUGCCGCAGAGACGAGGGAUACCCAGACCAUUUCCCCUACAUCAGACACCAAGACACUCAGAAAGAUAAUCCCUUCUGACCUCAUGGCUGCAAUCACCAUCCCUGUGAGGGCUUUGUCCACAAGUGGCAGCUUCACAAGGACUGGACAGGCUACAGAUGAGAUUCCUCCAGGCAACGAUCCCAUGAAAGCCACCUCUGACAGUCUUUGUACCGACGACAGCUCUGAGGAGACAAAAUGCAUCACAAACAAUGCCUUGCCAUUGGUGCGCACUUCGGUGGAAGCUGAGAGCCCGUCCUCAGACAGCAGCUCUUCCUCAGUCAGCUCUGCAGCCGUCAUCACCGCCUCCCAAGACCUGGGUCCUGAUGUUGCCACCUCCAGCAAAGCCUCGGUCCCCCGCAGCACCCCCCACAUCAAGUUCCUCGGAGAGACAGAAACCGCAGCCGCCAUCUCUGGGACUUCAGACGCAGGUCGCAGCCCCACAGGAGUGAGCGCCUUGUCCAUCUCUGAGACGUCAGCUUUGUCUGCCUCUACUGAGGCAAAGUCACCCAUCCUGAGCCACACAUUUCCCGCUGAGACCCUGUCCACCGUUAGCACCUCAGAGUCAGCUGCCCCCAACACCACCCCCGAUGCCCCACGCCCGAGCAGCAGCACAGGAACAAAAGCAGUAUCCUCCCCCACCUCUGGCCCGAGGAGAGCUCAGGUGACAGUUAGCAUGGGCCGCUUGGGAGAAACCUCAGCCCUCUCUCAACAGAGCUAUACUGUGGUCUCAGGAGCAGUUAUAGUCUCUGCCAAGGCUGCAUCAACAGUGUGCGAAGGGACUUCCUCUGCUGGAUCCUCAGCUUCAGUCUCUGUCUCUUCAGAAAGAGCCAUCAUCAAGAAUUCCACCCCUUCAGGGCCUUUUACUGCAGACAGCACAAGCGUCAGGGACUCCCCCACCGGAAGAGGCCGUGUUCCUUCUGUCCACCCGGCUACAGCCAGCAGCAGCCAAGAGCCAGUUGUCACUUCAGCCAUGACCACAACCGCACCAAAGCCCGCUUCAGAGGUUUUUACCACAGAUGGCACAACCAGUAGGGCCUUCUCCACCAGCGGGACAUCUCUUUCUUCUGUCCCUUCAACUACAGCCAAUAGCAGCCAAGAGACAAACAUCACCUCAGCCACGGUCUCACCAAAGACCCUAAGAGCUACAUCCUCUGCUACUUCAACAAGCCAGACUCCGGAAGUUAUUGCAGGUGCAGAUGGAGACUUCCUCCUCCUGAGGCUGAAGGUGGCCUCGCUGGAAGACCUCACAGAGCCUACAAGGGCGGAGAGGCUGGUGCAGCAGCUCCAGUGUGAGCUGCAAAACCGCUUGCCCCUUGCCCACCUUUCCUUACUGCGCAUCCAGAGGAGCUAAAGGAUAUCAGCUGCAGCCAGGCAUGUUCCCUGUGCCAAGGAAGAACAGCCCUGCUGGUGGCCUGAGCCCGCUGACAGACUGGAGCCGCGUGACUGUGCUGACGGGGACUCAGAAGGCUCCUGUGAAGGUCAGGUGGCCCAAGCCCUUAUCCAGAAGGACUGCAGGGUCCGGGCUCACUUUUGUGUGGGGGUGGGCUUCCCCUGUAUGCAGUGGUGUCCUUCACUUCCCUGGUAUUGUGGUCAAUAAAGAGAGACCUGAUCCAUCCCUGCA